CGCAGACGCGUAUUCCUGGGCUGCCCGCCUCAGACGCCGCGAGGCGGGUGACGUCCUUUCCAGUCCGUUCGCAGUGCUUCCGGGUUACGGUCGUUCGGAGCCCUUAUCUGGGUGACUCUUUGGCUGCCUGGCCGCUGCCCGCUCCCCAUCCCCCGCUCCGGUGCGGCCCCGCGCGCCCUCCGGUUUCCGUCCUCUCCGGGCCUCCUGCCUCUGCCCGCCCGGGCUCGCCGCGCCCUAGUCCGUGGCUGUCAUCCGAGGAAAGAUGAAUGGCAGGGCUGAUUUUCGAGAGCCGAAUGCUGAAGUUGCAAGACCAAUUCCCCACAUAGGGGCUGAUUACAUUCCAACAGAGGAAGAAAGAAGAGUCUUCGCAGAAUGCAAUGAUGAAAGCUUCUGGUUCAGAUCUGUGCCUUUGGCUGCGACAAGUAUGUUGAUUACUCAAGGAUUAAUUAGUAAAGGAUUCCUUUCAAGUCAUCCCAAAUAUGGUUCCAUUCCUAAACUCAUAUUUGCUUGCAUCAUGGGAUACUUUGCCGGAAAGCUUUCUUAUGUGAAAACUUGCCAAGAGAAGUUCAAGCAUCUUGAGAAUUCCCCUCUUGGAGAAGCUUUACGAUCAGGACAGGCACGACGAGCUGCAAUACCUGGGUACUAUUCUCAGAAGCCAAGAUAUGAAUCAAAUGUGAGUGAUCACUCAUCUUUUGUGACAGCCCCAGCAGCAGAUAACAUGGAAAAAGAGAAGUUUCCUCGUUAUGAGCCAAUUCCAUUUAGUUCUUCUAUGAACGAAUCUACUCCCACUGGUAUUACUGAUCAUAUUGCCCAAGGACCUGAUUCCAGGCUUGAAGAAAGUCCUAAAAGAAAAAGUAUUACAUAUGAGGAAUUAAGGAAUAAGAACAGAGAGUCAUAUGAAGUAACUUUAGCACAUAAGACUGACCCCUCAGUCAGGCCUAUGCAGGAAAGAAUACCCAAAAAAGAAGUCAAAGUAAACAAAUAUGGAGAUGCUUGGGAUGAGUGAGACAUUGCAUCCUUGGACCUACUGAAGGAGUGUCAAUAUCCAGCUUCAUCUAGGUGGUCAGACCUGCAUGCUUUGAGCUCAGCAGCAGUCUUCAUAAACAUUUAAAAUCCGAACCUGGGCUUUUUGUGGUUUGGCUUAUUAAAAUAAUGUUUAAAAAAACAAAUUUAUUAAUAUGUUGUGAAUCUAUAUGAAUAAUGGUAUAAUACCACGAUCGUGUACAGUUUGUGAAAUUUAAGUUACAGGACAAGGAUACUCAUAGAAAACCAUUGAGGGAUUGUAAUGCUCUAGAAUUAGCAUACGUGAAAAUAAAUAUCUGCAUGUUGAAUUGGGAUGGGGGGGGAACUAGCAUAAUUUUAGGUGAUAAGCUUUACAUUAAAAAAGUAAAAAGCCUUUUUCCAGUGUUUGCUGUAUUCUCUUAAUGUUUGUGGUAAAUAAAAUAUAAAGGAACAUGCAUCUUCAUUGA